AAGCGGCCCCUUGAGUUGCUUGGGUGUUCCCUAUCGCCGCCGCCCCUCCGCGCUCCGCUUCCCAUUCACAAAGCCUGGGGCCGCCGCCAGUAGAACGCGCCUCCUUCCUUUCCCUCCCGCCCCUCCUCCUCCUUUAUUUUUAUUAUGAAUGGAACGCGCGCACAAGCGGCGGGGCCGCGUUCGAUUCCUCCCAUUGUGACGUCGCGCGUUCCAUUCAAGGCGAGCGGAGGCAAGAAUGGGGCCCGGCGGCGGGGAGAGGGAAAGCCGAGCCGAGCCGGGAGGGCGGGGCGAGGUAGUAAAAGCGACCCUCCCACGCGCUCCGGAGGGCGCGCGGCCAGCACCGCCGUCGCCACCAGCGGCAGCAGCAGCUGCGCUUCCUUCUCCGCGGCCGCGCUAGGGCUACGCGCAAGAGGAGCGCGCUAAGGCCCGUGUCCCGCAGCAGCAGGAGGGAGAGGGAGGGAGGUUGCGCGGCGGCGGCGGCCAUGGCGGAGCUGCGCGAGAUGGAGUGCGUGGGGCUGCAGCGCCUCCUGCACGGCGGGGGCUCCGGCCAGGGCGGCAAGUGCCUCCUCUUGGACUGCAGGCCUUUCCUGGCGCACAGCGCGGGCCACAUCCGCGGCGCGCUCAACGUGCGCUGCAACACCAUCGUCCGGCGCAGGGCCAAGGGCUCCGUCAGCCUGGAGCAGAUCCUGCCGGCCGACGACGAGGCGCGCGCCCGCCUCCGCUCGGGGCUCUACUCGGCCGUGGUGGUGUACGACGAGCGCAGCGGGCGGGCGGACGCGCUGCGGGAGGACAGCACCGUGGCGCUGGUGGUGCGGGCGCUGCGCCGGGACGCGCAGCACGCCGACAUCUGCCUGCUGAAAGGCGGCUAUGAGAGGUUUCACUCGGAAUAUCCGGAAUUCUGUGCAAAGACAAAAUCUCCGACUGCUGCGUCCGUUGUGGCAACUGCAGAGUACCUUGAGCACAGCUGCAGCUCCUGUGGGACACCGCAACACGAUCAGGGUGGCCCCGUGGAAAUCCUUCCGUUCCUCUUCCUUGGCAGCGCACAUCACGCCGCCCGGAGAGACAUGCUGGACGCCUUGAGGAUCACCGCCUUGUUGAAUGUUUCCUCGGACUGCCCAAACCACUUUGAAGGACAUUUUCAAUACAAAUGCAUCCCGGUGGAAGACAACCACAAAACCGACAUCAGCUCCUGGUUCAUGGAAGCGAUUGAAUACAUAGACUCCGUGAAGGCCUGUCACGGCCGCGUCCUAGUGCACUGCCAAGCAGGCAUUUCCCGAUCGGCGACCAUCUGCCUGGCCUACCUGAUCAUGAAGAAGCGGGUGAAGCUCGAGGAAGCCUUUGAGUUUGUCAAGCAACGCCGGAGUAUCAUCUCCCCCAACUUCAGCUUCAUGGGACAGCUUCUCCAGUUCGAGUCCCAGGUUCUGGCUACGUCGUGCGCCGCCGAGGCCGCCAGCCCGUCGGGGACGCUGAGGGAAAGGGGGAAGAGCUCCUCCACGCCCACCUCCCAGUUCGUCUUCAGUUUCCCGGUCUCGGUGGCUGUGCACUCCACUGCCAGCAGCCUCCCUUACCUGCACAGCCCCAUCACCACUUCUCCCACUUGCUAGAGAAGGCCUCUGUGGGUUGCGCCCGCGGGUGACCCAAGGACAGAAAGCCGGGCAGCCCCGUUGGCCACCGAUCAUGGCAAUAACGUACUCUGCCCACCCAGCAGCCAAUCAGAGUCCACCCAGAGACAGAGCAAUAACAGCUACCCUUGCAGCUGGAAUAUUCGGGUGGGGAGAGGGAGGCGGCUGCAGCAUGUCUUUUUGUGGCAAGAUGACUUACCUCAUUUUUUAAAGUAUAUAUAUAUAAUAUAUAAAAACGUUUGAAAUUGUGAAAUCGUCACGUUCUGGUGUGUGGGGAAGCGUGAGGGAGACGCACGCCCUGAGACAGGAGGAGGGAGCUCACUCUGUUGCCAAUGUUCCUCUUGGUGUAUUUCCCCCGCUGGUUCCUGAUGCGUAUAUGAGGCCUACAGCAUGGGGUUUGAAGCCACAGCUUCUCAAAGUGCCUGGUUUUUGGUUGCUGCUGCUAUUAUGUCUUAUUAUUAUUAUUUAUUAAGAGGCCCAGGGUGGUUUUGAAGUAGGAGAAAGAGGUGGCUAUUACCUCACAAAGCCGUUCUUGGAUUCCACCGAAGCAGCUCUGUGUAAAAAUAAUCAGAUCAAAAAUGGCUUCUGUUUUGGCUGAGAGUAACAAACACACUUGUUUAGAAAAUGUUGGUGUGGAGCAGGAAUCCACCAUAUUCAGUGUGGAAUUUCCUCAUGGUUGGCACUUUCGGUUCCUUGCCUAAGUAGUGCCCUUCCUGCAUGCAUUGGAAGGAAAAUGACUUAGCCCCUGGUUUGAUUUUGGGCGUCCUGUUUAUAUGGACCGCUCUCUGUGGUUCUAGAGAGGAAUAAGCUGCCAGCCUUGGCAAACCUGGGCCCUCCAGAUGUUGGACUUCACUCCCCAUCAUUCCCAGCCAAUGUGGCCGAUAGUCGGGGAUGAUGGGAGUUGUAGUUCAGCAACACCUGGAGAGUGCCAACUUGGUGAAGGCUCAGCUAGCUUAUGUAGCCUCUUCUCCCUGGGUACUGCAUGGCCCAAUCCAGUAUUGGUUUCACCAGCGUCUAGGGUCUCCCCCAACCUGACAUCUGUGCCCUUUAAAA